AUGCGCCUCAGCCUGACACCUCCGGACAGCGCGCUCCCCUCCCCCGCGCGCCCGCCGGCGCCCGCCCCCCGGGCCCGCGUCCCGCGCCCUGCCCUCAGUCGGCUCCGGCCCACCCGCAAGGGGCUGCAGCACCCACUCGCCCAGGCCCUCAGUCCGCGUUCACCUGCGCUCCGCUUCACCUGCCUGCGCGGCCCGGCGGCGGGAGGCAGUCUUAGAGGCUCCUCCUCCGCGUCCCGGCUCCCCGCCGCCCGGCUCCCGCAUCUCCCGCCAGUACGUUCCUGUCCCCUCCCGCCCUCAAGUCCCGGAUCGCGGGGGUGUCAGGCCGCGGCUCAGACACGGCGUACGGCCAAGUGGUGGCGGCGCGGGCGAGCAAAGAGUGGCCAGGAAGUGGACAUCCUGCGGCGCACCCUGGCUGUCCCGCCAAGGCCUGAAGGAACCCGGUUCUUUCCUAAGAGACGAGGGGACCAAAAGGGCCCGCCCCUGCGGGAGGAGCGCAGCUUCGGCUGGCGAGCUGGCCAAUGGGAGGCGAGGACUGCAGCACAACGUGGAGCGGCUGCAGAAUGUAAACACAGCCCGGCGAGCGUCCGGCCACGUGUGUCCCCGCGCGCCACCCGUCGGGCCCCUGGGACCACCAGAGGCGGCUGUGGCACACCAGGGCAGCCAUGCUCCAGGAUGCCUAUCUUGCACUUUGCUCCAGCCCGCCGGCCGAGAUGUCAUCUCAGCUUGAGAGAGUGGACUGCAUUUGCAGGAGACCGAGCUACCCUCUACCUUCCUGCAUCAGAGGCCCUUGAAAGCCUGGCCCCUUUCUGAGAGGAGCGUGGUCCUCGCUGAAGGAAAGUCGGUUUUUCUCUCUCCCUCUUUGCUAUUUCUUUUUCCUUCUUCCUUGUUUACCUUGAAGGUGAGGGAUGAGGGUUGUGGAAGAGGCA